GACGCAGUGAGAUACGGAUAGAAGACAGAAAGGCAGAGAACAGAACGGAACAGAAGAGAAGAGAAGAGAAGAGAAGAGAGAGCGCUGCAUGCGCGAGACAAGUGUCGGUGGAACGACAGCUCAUCUCGCGGCAGCUGUCUGUCGGAUGCCGUGGUUGAUAUUCCCGUGGAGAUCCGCAACUGCUACUGCUGCUCUCCUCCUUGAAGGAGAGAGAGGGAGAGAUAAAGGAGAGGAGAGGAGCGAGAGAGACAUAUAGAGGAGAGGAAAGAGAACGGGAAGGGAAGAGCGUGUCACAGAAGCGACAGAAGGGGUUUUGGGUGAUAUCUGAGAUGAAUCGCUAACCGUACGGUCAGAUUUCUAACCGUUUCGCCGUUUUCACACCAGGUAACUGCACUCCAGAGCCCCAAGACAACAAGAGGACAUCCCUGACCUUUAACCUAAAUUUCUGACCAACCUAUGAACCACCAAUGAGGAGGCAGGAGAGUAGACAGGGAUCCAAUCAGGGAUGCAGAAGACCAACCAUCAAAUGGUGAAAUAGCCAAUCAGAUGGGAGGAAAAGGACAGAGCCACACCCAGCCGUCUCCCUGACGACAGUCCCCAGGACCACAGACAAAUGUAGUUCCAGAGGCGAGCCUUGUCAUCCCUGACUCUCACACACCGUGGAAAACAUGAAAAAAAAUCUCAAUGGAGGCUCAGAUUGAUAUGUCAUGGUGCAAAGUGCAUAAAUAAAAGGUGCAGAGACUCUGUCCAAUGAGCUACGUCAAGGUAUUUUCCUCUAACUCUUCUCCCUUCCUCCGGACCAAUCAAAGGAGGACCAUUCUUCCUCCGGACCAAUCAAAGGAGGACCACCCUUCCUCCAGACCAAUCAACGGAGGACCAUCUGCCCCAAAACUUUUGAUUGGUGCGAAAAAAAAACUCCAGUGAAUCUGGAUAAGCAAAAUAUGUAAUGCUCUGGAUAAGAGCGUCUGCUAAAUGACUAAAAUGUAAUGGGUCCGCAAGUCAAAAAGAUGUUGGGUCCUUCCUACGGACUAACCUGAGAGAAAAACGAGUGCACACUUUUCCUUUUAAAACCUUCCUUUUUUUGUGGGACUAACCUGAGACAAAGACUAGGAAGGGCCAACAAUACUCUCUCCUUCCAACCUAACCCUGCCUUUUACUGCCGAGUGGACUAACAAUACAGUGGAGCGCUAACAUGGGUAAAGGCUGUAUAGCUCUGGAGAUCACAGUGCACAAGGUGCUCGUUGGAUAAGUUCAACUAGAAGGAGGAGAAGAGGAAUGCUUUAUUAAUCCAUGCCAGAUGGAAAUCGGACUAUAGUAACAAUCAUCAUUCUCUACACUUCUCUUCCUCGCAGUGACGCUAACCUGGAUAAAUAAACAAAUCAAUAAACAAUUACAACUAUAAUCAACAACAUGGACGUCAUCAUCAGAACGCCAACACAACCCCGAGAGGCGGGGUUUAACAACAGAGUGGGCAGGGCUUCGGUGGCAUUGUCGGCAACCAGUUGGUUUGCCUUCCUCUAUGGCUUUGCCCUACUGUCAAUCAUCCAGUUUCCCACGGUGACGGGCGACUGUUGGCUGAUUGAGGGGGAGAAGGGCUUCGUGUGGUUGGCUAUCUGCAGCCAGAACCAGCCCCCUUAUGAAGCUAUCCCUGCCCACAUCAACAGCACUAUCGUGGACCUGAGGCUCAACGAGAAUAAGAUCAAGAGUAUCCAUUUCUCAUCGCUCAGCCGCUUUGGGAACCUGACAUACCUAAACCUCACCAAGAAUGAGAUCUCGUACGUGGAGGAUGGAGCUUUCUCGGCCCAGUUCAACCUACAGGUGCUGCAGUUGGGGUUUAACCGUCUGAGGAACCUAACAGAGGGAAUCCUCAGAGGGCUGGGGAAGCUGCAGUACCUCUACCUACAGGCCAACCUGAUCGAGGCAGUCACCCCCAACACCUUUGAGGAGUGUCCUAACAUAGAGAACAUUGACCUCUCCAUGAACAGGAUUCAGGUGCUGGACGGAGGCUUGUUUACUGGGCUCAGUAGAUUAACCACGUGUGAACUCUACACCAACCCAUUCAACUGCUCCUGUGAGCUGUUGGGGUUUUUACGCUGGUUGGCAGUCUUCCCCAACAGGACCAACGAGAGGAUGGUGUGUGAUACUCCGGCCGGGUUUUCAGGCUACAGCCUCCUCAGUCAGAACCCCAGGAUGCCUGCGAACCGCAACGCUCUGCACAUGCUCAAUAUGGUGUGUACCGACGACGGUAGCAACUCUUUGCCGAGCAUCAUUGUUCAGUCUGAUUUUACGACCCUCCCACCGUACUCUCCCUGCGGAUUGGACGACUGCCCUUCUGGAAUGUCCCCGGAGGACCCAAUCAGCAUCAGCCCCACCUACCUUGAUGUGAACAACAAGCCUAGUAUGAAGGUGAAACAGAUCUCCCACACCUCAGCAGUGAUCAUGGUCCAGAUCCCUCACCCCUUCAGUAAGAUGUACAUCCUGGUCCUCUACAACAACAGCUUCUUCACUGACAUACAGAACCUGAAGAACCACAAGGAAGAGAUUGAACUGAACAACCUGAAAGCCCACACCGACUACACCUACUGCGUUGUGUCCAUAAGACACCAGCUUCGUUAUAACCACACCUGUCUGUCCAUCUCCACCGGGAGGAAGGCAGGUCUGGAGAGGACCUCCAACGACUCCUCUGCUACCCACUACAUCAUGACUAUACUGGGCAGUCUCUUCAGCAUGGUCCUCAUACUAGGUUUUGUGUUCCACUGCCUGAGGAAGAAGAGGCAGCGAGACGAGAAGAACAAGAAGAUUGGAAAGAUACAGAAGAGCCUGAUGGAGCUGAAAUACGGAGCUGACCUGGAGGGUGGUGGAGGAACAGGAGGAGGGGGGUCCAUCUCUCAGCUAUCCCAGAAACAGAUGCUCUCGGCUGGGGAGAGUCUCACGCGGAUGCCCUACCUUCCCCAGGGUGGAACCUGUGAGAUGGACCAGUACAAUCUACAGGAGAUCAUUGAUACUCCAAAGGCAGUGAAAGGGAACUAUAUCGAAAUGCGAGGAACUGUGGGCGACCUGCCGGACCGGAGGGAGAGAGAGCGGGAACGAGAGCGGGAGAGGGAAAGAGAGAGGGAAUGUAGUCUCUCUCCACAAGACAACCCUCAGGGUUCAGUAGCAGAGAUCUCCACCAUCGCCUCAGAGGUGGACAAGGUGAACCAGAUCAUCAACAACUGUAUUGAUGUCCUCAAGUCUGAGUCUACGUCGUUCCAGGGCGUCAAGUCAGGCUCUGUGUCGACCGCCGAACCCCAACUAGAGCUGAUCUCAGACCAGCCACAGAGACAGUCAGGGUUCCUGUCACCGCAGUAUAAAGGAGGUUACCACCACCCUCUCCAGAGACACCACAGUAUGGAAGCUCCAUCCAAACGACCUUCGACCUCCUCCAGUGGUUCCGUCCGCUCCCCGCGCACCUUCCGCUCCGACGGGCCGUACCGGGGAACCUCUGAGACCGAGUACAUCGAGAAGACCUCACCGACCGGAACCACCAAAGACACCGUCCUCACCGUGACGCCCGCCGCUGCCAUAUUACGAGCAGAGGCCCAGAAGGUCCGACAGUACAAGGAGCAGCGCCACUCGUACCCGGGCCCCCAGCACCACCUCCCUGACUCUGAGGAGCUAGAGGAGCUCAGUAGCAGGAAACCCUCUUCCAUCCUGGAACCCCUCACCCUGGGGCGGCACCCCAGAGAGCUAGCCUACGCCCAGCUGUCCCCGCAGUACCACAACCUGAGCUACGAGUCCAGUCCUGAGUACUCCUGCACCCCGUCGCUAGGGAUCUGGGAGAGGUUUAAACUCCAUCGGAAGAGACACAGAGAUGAGGAUUACGAGGAGGAAUACAUGGCGGCGGGACACGCAUUGAGGAGGAGUUUGCAGGUCGCCAAGGACGAGGAUCUGCACGACAUACUAGACUAUUGGAAAGGUGUCUCGGCACAGCAGAAGUCGUGAAUGGGCUGGUGUCGUGAUGUGAUGAGGCUCUGUCACUACUUAGUUGGGCAUAAAGGAGGACGGAGGUCGUAUGGAGACUAAGGGCUCUAUUCCACCUGGAAAGAUGAAGCGUUACAGAUUCUGCGAUUCAUUUCUGAUUGACGUCUGCAGCGUUUCACCGUCUCCGCUAAAGCAGGAACAUCUACGUUUCAAUCAAUCUGUACAGCUGAACUUCCACGCUGUGAAUUAGAGCCUUACUGUACACACACACACACACACACACACACACACACACACACACACACACACGCCUCUCUGCUUUUAAAAACAUGGACCAAAAUGAAAUUAAUACGAUUUAAAAACAACGAAUGAAGAUCUUGAUUAAAAAUACAUUAUUUUUUAACAGAAGAUUAAGAGAUAUUAUUAUUAUUAUAAUUAUUAUUAUUAUUAUAACUAUUUCUCCCAGACUUCUAUGUAGCUGUUUCUACUAAAACUAGGUUUUGGAUGAACACAAAAAACCACAACACAAGAUAUUAUAUGGACUAGUAGUCUCACGAGUGUGAGUACGCUAGUGUGUGUGCCAAAUCAACAAGGGUCUCAAAUAGCACCUUCUUCCCUAGAAAGUGGUGCACUGCAUAGGGAAUAGAGUGUGAUUUGGGACGCAGCACCGAAGAGAACCGUAGAACACUGUAUAAACCUCUCUCCGGCCUCAUCACUCUUUUAUAUAUAUUAAACAAGUUAGAAUAAGAUGUGAUUCUUACUAUUAUUAUUGUUAUUAAUAUUAUCAGUACUAUUAUUUGAAUAUCGCAUGGCUACGUCCUGUGACAGUGACUAUUGUUGUGACUUUCGAGAAAGAAGGAACUCAAAAUGGCCGUCGCACAACCUUAUUAUAAAAUGUCCGCCUCUGAACAACCUCGACGAAGACAGACAUUUUUGAUCUCUUCUUUUUACCAGAGGACUCUUUCUCUCUUCCUUAAGGAACACUAUUUUCCUCCACUAACAGACUCUUAUUCUGAAACCUUCCUUGACAUAUUACAGAGGGGACUUUUAUUGUGAAACUACAAGAAGGGGGGAUGAUCUUGUUCAGAAGAAAGAGAAAAAGCUCUAUAUUUGCAUAAAAAUACGUCUUGUUAGUUAGUUAGCUAGUUAGUUUGUUUCUACCGAGGGGAUUUGAAAACCUUCUUUGAGACUUUGAGAGACCAGCUCCAAACUGACCUAACCUGCAGUACGUUUUUGAUUUUGAAAUCCUACCAAUCUCUAAUGAAUGUCUUCAAGUCCCUAACGUGGAUGAUUACUGCACUGUUCAAAAUCAGAAAACGUCUCUUAACUCUAAAAACACCCUCCCUGAAAACACUGUAGCCUACAACUCACAGAUUCUUUUUUUUUACCCACAAUUCCUCUCUCUGUCCCUUCCUUGUCCCUCCCCCAAUCCCUGUAGUUCCUCCCUCCCAGUCCCCUUCCUCAGUUGAGUUCUAGUUUGCCAAAUCACAACUCAAACGGCACAAUACGGACCGACCGGCCGACUGUCAUCGAAUCUCCCCAUACCUCAACCCAAAUCAUUCUAUGACCAAAGUGCUGUGGUAGCAAAAGUUCCCAGACGUCCUUCUAGCCCAGUCUGUCCCCAUGUACCCUGUCUGGGUCUCAGAUGACAGCCUGUUUCCUAUAUAGUCACAACAACCUUUUCAUUUGUUGGUUUGGUUGCUGCUUUUUUUUUUUUUUUUACCAUUUUUGUAGCAGCCCUCGGUUUCCACGGAUACAGCUCCUGGUUUCCAUGGAUACUGGGACACAGGAAGUGGAAUCAUGUGCACUAUAUAGGGAACGGGGUGCCAUAUGGGGCAUAUCCAUAUCUACAGAUCUACUACAGGAGAUGAAUGUACUUCUUUACAUAAUGAAAAGUAAACGGCAGCUGAUACUGAUCCUGCUGACCGCUAAGGUUUUGUAAUUCUCUCUCUUUCACUCUCUCUCUCUUCCUCUCUGUCUGUUUCUCUCUCUCUUCCUCUCUGUCUGUUUCUGUCUCUCUCUUCCUCUCUGUCUGUUUCUGUCUCUCUCUUCCUCUCUGU